GGUGAGACCGUCGCGGCGGCCGGUAGCUAUGGCUUCCCGCUCACGGGGGGAGGGCCGGUGGAGGAGCCGGACGUGGGAGCUCAUCUGCACAGGGUGUGGGACCUUUUCGAAGUGAAAAAUAGCUCUAGGUAAUGUGAGCAUUUGACUGAUUUGAAAGAGAAGAAGCAAUCAUGUCAGCUCUUUGUCCACCACCAUCUCCUGCAGUUGCUAAAACAGAGAUCUCUAUGAAUGGCGAGUCACCUUUAUUAGCUGCCACUUUUGCUUAUUGGGACAAUAUCCUUGGCCCCCGAGUACGGCACAUCUGGGCCCCAAAGACAGAUCAGGUACUUCUCAGUGAUGGUGAAAUAACUUUUCUUGCUAACCACACCCUGAAUGGAGAAAUACUUCGGAAUGCAGAAAGUGGUGCAAUAGAUGUGAAGUUCUUCGUCUUGGCAGAAAAAAGGGUAAUUAUUGUGUCUUUAAUCUUUGAUGGAAACUGGAAUGGAGACAGAAGCACAUAUGGACUAUCGAUUAUACUUCCACAAAGUGAACUUGGUUUCUACCUACCUCUUCACAGAGUAUGCGUGGAUAGGUUAACACAUAUUAUAAGGAAAGGAAGAAUAUGGAUGCAUAAGGAGAGGCAAGAGCAGUUCCAGAAGAUUGUCUUGGAAGGCACGGAGAGAAUGGAGGAUCAGGGCCAGAGCAUCAUUCCAAUGCUAACAGGAGAGGUUAUUCCUGUAAUGGAGCUCCUUUCAUCUAUGAAAUCACACAGUGUUCCAGAAGAAAUAGAUAUAAGCGACACAGUACUAAAUGAUGAUGACAUUGGGGAUAGUUGUCAUGAAGGCUUUCUCCUCAAUGCAAUUAGUUCACAUCUGCAGACCUGUGGUUGUUCUGUAGUUGUAGGAAGCAGUGCGGAAAAAGUUAAUAAGAUUGUGAGAACAUUGUGCCUGUUCCUUACACCGUCAGAGCGGAAGUGUUCCAGACUCUGUAGAAACGAGUCUUCUUUCAAGUACGAGUCAGGGCUUUUUGUUCAAGGCUUACUCAAAGAUGCAACAGGAAGUUUUGUGUUGCCCUUCCGUCAAGUAAUGUAUGCUCCAUACCCUACUACACAUAUAGAUGUAGAUGUCAAUACAGUGAAGCAGAUGCCCCCUUGUCACGAACACAUCUACAACCAACGACGGUAUAUGAGAUCUGAGCUGACAGCAUUUUGGAGAGCUAAUUCAGAUGAAGAAAUGUCUCAAGAUCCUAUUAUCCACACAGAUGAGAGUUUCACACCUGAUUUAAAUGUUUUUCAAGAUAUCCUGCAUCGAGACACGUUAGUAAAAGCCUUCCUGGAUCAGAUCUUUCAUCUGAAACCUGGCUUGUCUCUAAGGAGUACAUUCCUUGCGCAGUUCCUGCUAGUUCUUCACAGAAAAGCCUUAACUUUAAUAAAAUACAUAGAGGAUGACACGCAGAAAGGAAAAAAACCUUUUAAAUCUCUUCGUAGCUUAAAGAUAGAUCUUGACCUAACAGCAGAGGGCGAUCUUAACAUAAUUAUGGCUUUGGCUGAGAAGAUUAAACCAGGUCUGCAUUCCUUCAUCUUUGGGAGGCCAUUCUACAUCAGUGUACAAGAGCGUGAUAUGCUAAUGACAUUUUAAAGUUCUCCACUGUUAAUGUGUAAUAUUGCAUGGCACUAAGAGAAAUCUGUCAGUGUGAGCACCACGCUUGUGACAAUCUUUGGCCUGAUUUAGAACGGGUCAGUAGAAAUAGCGUAACACUACAGUCUGUCUGAAGCAGUCUUGUUAAAGGGAAUAUCAACAUAGCUAGGUAAGCGUGAUUUAAAUGAAUCCAUUUCUUCUGUGUACUUUUUCAAUAGUAAAAGUAAACAUGAUCGGAAGUUCCUUGCUGUAUGGGCUCACAGGGUAAAUUUAAACAUAUUUUGGUGCGUGAUAAAGGAAGGCGUUGUCAUUUUCUUUCCCCACAAAUUUCCUUCAGGUGUGUCAGUUUUCCCCUGUUCUGCUGUGUCAAUAUUUUUAGUGUUUCCAUAAGUAAACAGUGCUUAUAUCCUCUCUAAUCCGGGAGGUUCUGGAGUUUCAAAGAGUUUUUUAAAACGUUCUUUUGUAUAUGAUACAAUUCUGAAAUAUGCCUUCCCUUAUCUCCAUUUAAAACACUACUGGCUCCUUCAUUAGAGCUUUUAAAGGUCAGGGUCUUGGUUUUCUGUUUUUGGUGGUUUGCGUUUUAUGGUUUGUUGUUUUUUUUUUUAAUGUACUCUACAGUGCUGUUCCUGCGAGCGAUGUGUUGGCUGUUAGCAGCAUAAAUAGUAGCACUCUGCACGUGGGAAUUGGGUCGUUAUUUAAGCAGCUUUCUGCAUGUAAAUGCCAACCAGGAUAUUCUGUCACAGAUUGUUGAGCCAUUCUGCGGUUAAGUGUUCAGUGAUCCAGCAUAAUUGAGCUCUUUCAAAGCACAAAGCAGAAAACUCGUGUCGUUCAACAACAGUUGUCAGUCUUUGUGUCUAAUCUGCUGCGGCUGCUUUGUCUAUUGGCAGUUAGAAUAAGGUUCAGAUUAAAGUAUUAGGCCUUUCCAAAGAACACCAGGGUGAUAGCCACACUGGAAGAUACAACUAAUUCUUUUUACACUGCGAUUAAUAUAUUUAUUAAUCCUGAUAAAGAGAUCAGCACAGCUUUGAGCUAGCAUGAUUAGCAUUUUACUAAGUGAAUUCAAGCCAAUAAUCUUGCCAGUCUUCUUAGUUCAUAGUCAGCAGAUAUUCAACUUUGCUUGGCUUGAAAAUAAAAAAUAUAAAACUCCUGUAACAUUGAGAGUUGCAGUGUCAAGUUAACUAGACCUGUUCUUGGACAGUUUGGGCAAGUUUGGUGUGUUAUAUUGCAAUCAGUGAUUAACCUGCACUGCAUGGUGAUUUUUUUUUUUUUUUUUGACAAAGCAGGAAUAUAUUUGUUUCAUGUUUUAGUGUAACCCCAUAACUGUAUCUUCAUUGUAAAGGAGCUACACGUGCAAUUUGAGAAGGUGCUGUUGCCUUACUGCUUGUGACUGUUUGUAAUGCUCCUUCACUACAACAGAAACAGGUUUCUGUUUUCAGGAUAGCUGUUCAGCAUCUCUUUUGUGCAGUGAGUUAGUUAGUAACUCAGACUUUCAACUUUUCCUGAAAUAUCCAAUAUUCAUUUGAACGCUGUAUUUUUCUUUUUUCAUGCCCAGAGUUCCUUUUUGUUUCCUGAGAAAGACAAAUUUACAACUAAAUACUUAAAGCUUUGAAAAUAAGUGGAAUUCAACCCCAGCAUGGCACCAUUUUCUGUGAAUAAAAAUCAGGUGUGUUACGUUAGGUUGGUUACAGCAUGUAGCCCUUUUUGUGCUGCGUAUGUAUGUAGGACUCCUGCAAUAUGAGCUCAGCGUUUCACCCAAAGAACUUGUCAGAAAUAUGAUGACUUAAGUUAUUUGUGCUGACGUUCUGUUUGCCUUACUAACAUUAUACUUUCCCUUUGUGUUUUCAGUCACUUUGUCCAUUAGAAAAGAGGCUGAUUGUUAAGUUUUUACUCUGACGCCUAAGGUUGUGAAAAAAUAAUGUAAUAAACUCUUCUGAAAAUUCUAAUGCAGAAGUUGCGUUUGAGGGCUAAAGAGCUCCAAGUGUGCUGCUGAAUUUAAUCACUUGAGCUUCACAGGCUUUGGAUACUUAACACCAACACUACUAACAGUGAAACUCUGUCUGAUUGGAAUAUGCUGUCACUUUGAAAUGACUAAAAGCUGGAAAUAUAUCAGUUGCUACCUUUAUUGCACAACUGUCACUAGUGCAGAAUGUAUAGUGAAGUAAGUUAUUGAAUGCAUCUGCAUGUCGUGUUGUAAAUCUUGCUCAGGAAAAAAUGUAUUCUAAUAAAAUUUCUGCCAAAUUUUUUAUUUUAA